AUGGAGACGGCCAAUGGGACUUGCGUCAAGGAAUUCAUUUUGCUGGGAUUUCUGGUGGAGCCACAGAAGCGAUUCAUGCUCCUUGUUUUUUUCGCCAUUCUCUAUGUGCUCACUUUAACUGAGAACAUCACCGUUAUUGCUCUGGUGUCCCUGGAUGCCCACCUGGCCCAGCUGCCCAUGUACAUCCUACUGAGCAACUUCUCUUGGUUGGAGAUCUGCUAUGUGACCAGCACUGUGCCCCGUAUGCUCUUUGACUUGGCAUCUGCCCAUGGAAUUAUCUCCUUUCAGGCCUGUUUUCUCCAGUUUUACAUGCUAUUCUCCCUUGGCUUUACUGAAUUUUUCUUCCUUUCAGCCAUGGCCUUUGACCGCUACUUGGCCAUUUGCCACCCAUUACAUUAUGCACAGAUCAUGUCCCCAAAGUCCUGCUAUAGCCUGGUGGCUGCUUGUUGGGUCUUUGGUUUUCUGGUUUUCAUUAUUCCAGUGAUCUGGAUCUCCAAAUUGUCCUUCUGUGGACCUAACAUCAUUGACCAUUUUCUCUGUGAUCCUGGUCCAAUUCUGUCACUGGCCUGCCCUCCACUUGGAAAAGUUCCUCUUCUCUGCCAAAUUGUUGAAUAUACUCUAUUUUUAGGCAAUUUCCUUUUUCUUCAGCUAUCAUAUAGUAAUGUAAUUUUCACCCUCUUGAAAUCCUCUGGCACUCGUAGGAAGGCGUUUUCCACCAUAUCAAUGCACCUAACUGUGGCUAUCAUUUUCUAUGGCUCAGUAGGAGGGAUGUACUUAAUUCCAGGUGGAGAAAGCCACUCAGAGAUCACAAAGAUGGUAACAGUUUUUUACGCUGCUGGUACACCUUUUCUCAACCCUCUAAUCUACUGUUUGAGGAACAAUCAGGUGAAAGAGGCACUCAGGAGGUUGUUAAGGAGAAGGCUGAGCUUCCUGAUGGGUAAGGUAACAGUGUCAAAGGUGUAA